UAUAACAUAAUUAUCCUUAAUACGUCCAUGAUAUAUGGGCUAAACUCCCUUGAGAGCAUCCAUCCCCUGCUGCCACUUGUUGCCUGGCAACCACCUGAAUGAUGUCUGUGAGUUUGUUGAUAUUGUUCGGAGAGAGAAAAAAAAGACAAUUGUUGCCUGGCAACGACGCAGCCAACAGAAAGCACCACAAACAACUCAUCACAGCAUCGAGAUGAAGUCCGUUAAGUGUGGUAGAAGUGUGUCGGUGUGCGAGCUCAGCUGCAGUAAGGCGGAAGGAUGCCCCAACAUGUGCGGGAUGUGCCCGUCUUGCGUCUUUGCCCCCAAACCACCAGGUUCCAUCCAGCGUUUGUGGAGGGUGUCGGAUGAAUUCAAGAGGAGAUUCGUGGUGGAGCUGCUUCUCCGGUGCGGAAACGUCCAAGUGCUGGAAAGUGUCCAGAGGGUCCUGCGUGUAACAUCAUGGACGUUGUUCAAUUACGCCAGGUCCAGAAGUCCAAAUUCACCUCAAGAUUUCCCCCGCCGCGGUCCGGACCGAGCGCCGCAUGGUAAACCAGUCGGCAUGGACAUGAAUGAAAUCUGGGACUGGUUCAGUAGCAGCCCGGACUGGAUUAAAUCACGGUAUCUUUGCCGUCUUUUCUCACUCUGUGAGUCGGAACUAUUACGCAUGGUCGCUAAUUUAACCAGCGUGCUUCUAGUCAGAUUAAAACGAGGGUUGCUGCACUUUAAUGUGGGUAGCCCCAACACAAAUCAACAUCCUCAGGUCAGUGAGGGAGACUCAGAGGACCCUGCUCUUAUGGUAGUCCCUGGAUCCUCAAAGUCUGUGUCUGGAGUCAGCCGAUACCGAGACUUCAUAGGCUGCCUUCCUGUUGAUCUGUCAAAGAGGAUAUUAGGUCUACUAGAUGAACAUACUCUGAGACGCUGCCAGAAGGUUUGUCGAUACUGGAAGCACCUCGCAGCGGAAACCAUGGAGGAAAUCCAUUUCAGAAGUAUCUUCCAGGAUCAAGUGAAGGCAAUGAUGAAGCGAUACAAAGGUGUUCAUUUAGUCAGUUCUACCUAUGCCAACAUCGUUGAAGUCCUCAUACCUGUCAAGGAUCAUGAGAGGGGGGACAUUCAUUCUGGUGUCAAAAAGGUCAAGCCUUUUCAAGCUGCUUACGCCAACAUCAAAACCAGAACAGUGCAAAUGGAAGAGCGAAAUGUUUAUUGUGGUGCAUAUUUUACCACCACGCUGCUUAACAAAGAGGACCCUCAUCGCGUGGUAGACUACAGAGGUGGAUCAUUUAUGGCCACAGGCUCCAAAGACCGCGUGGUGCAUCUGUUUUAUGUGGCAUCGGAAACAAAAUCUGUGGCGGUGAUGAAGGGCCACGUCAGCAGCAUCCGGGCAGUGCUGCUCUAUGAGGAGCGAGACCUGCUGAUGACUGCCAGCUGUGAUGCAAGUAUCAGGUGUUGGAAUUUGAAGACAGACCAGUGUGUGAUGAUGCUGUAUGGUCACACUGGCAUUGUCAACUGCCUGGAUGUUCAUGCUGAUAGACUUGUCUCAGGGGCUAAAGACUGCACAGUAAAAGUGUGGAGUCUACACACGGGGAAGUAUUUUGAGGAUUUCAACUUCAAGCACCCCAGUUCUGUCCAGUGUGUGAAGAUCAACACAACAAGAGUCUAUAGCAGCUGUGAUCGGGGCCUUAUUAAAAUAUGGGACAUGGAGAAUGCAGCACUGCUCAGGGUGAUUGAUGCUCACAGGAGCUCAGUGAAGUGCCUGUUCUUCGACAAAUGGCAUCUUUUGUCUGGGGACUAUAACGGUCAGGUCAUGGCAUGGAGCAUCAACUGUGACGCUAAAGAGUGUCUUAUGACCUUCAACCACCCAAAGGAGGUAAAAUCUCUGACUCUGACCUACCUCCGUGUUGUCACUGGCUGUGUGGAUGGAAAGAUUUGCAUAUUUAAUUUCCUCACUGGAGAUUGUCUGAGAGACAUCACUGCAGAGGCUGAAGCAGGCCGUAUAAUGUCACUGCAUUUCUGUGAGAAUAGUAUUUUAGUGAACACGGCAUCCAGUGUGAAGCUCUACCACUUUGCCAAAGUGUUCUGGGAAUACACAGAGUCAGCAGAGGGAGGCCAGGGUGAUGUGGUGGCUCAGGGUGGUUUGGUUUCUGAGAAAUCUGCAGCUUCCCUCAGAAAGCUUCCGUUUACUUCUGUCGGGGAAGAUCACAUGGCACAGGUGGCUUCACCCACCAGAAAUAUGCACAACUGUAAAGGCAAGAAACCAGAGAGAGCUGAGAUAGUUUACCGCACCCGCUUCCUGUCUACCCCCACUAAAUGUCAAGCACAAGUCAGAGAACGCUGCGAGUCUUCUAAAAAUUCAAUGAUGCUGAGUGAGAAGGCGACGUGCGAUAGGAUAAAGAAGAGGGGUCUUCAUCAUCCUUUGACACGCGACUCCAUCAUCCUCAGGGUAAAUGCCAUACAGAGGGCGCAGUGCACGGAUGAGGUCAGCAUCAACAUGGAGUGCAACGAUAAGCUCCGAGAUUCCUGGGGUCCUCACUCACCUCGGGAUCCACUGCACUCUGACCUCCAUAACCCAAAGCCCCAAUCAGCACUUAAACAGAGCCUGCAGACUCUGUUAUGUCCACUGCAGCACACACAUAAUGGUCCUCACAGGAGGGCCAAGACGUGCGUCCCACAUCUGAGAACUGCCAAUCAAAAUAUGACAAACACAUUGCAAGGCAGAGACGUCUCCACUGCCCCUGACGUCACUAUGAGGCAUCGUCCUGGUUUAUUUUCUAAGAAGUUACAGAAGGCAAUAAAGAGGGUAGGCGCCAUAGAGAAGCCACAGUCUCCUGAGCGCAUCCUCAUGAGACCGCUACUUAAUCAAGAAUGUUGCAUUAAAACUAGUACCAGCUUGCCCAGAAUCUGCCCCGUGGAUCCAAUGAGAAAGCAGGGAGGAUUCAAGCUGCUCACUAUGACCCAGCUGGAAGACUGUGUCCGGGCCAAGAGGGAACUCAUGCAGAGCUAUGAGCACAAACUGUCCAAGAAGGAUAAGAUACUAUGAAGAAAUUCGUGCAUCAACAGAUGAUUUAUUAUUUGUCUUAUGACAUAAUGUGUCAGCAGAGCUCUAUCACCACUCUGCGAUGGGUGUUUUGGACAUCUUUGUGUAUCUGACUUUAUUUUUUAAAUGUGAUGUUUCAUUAAAACACCACUAGGGGUCAGUAUUGUAUCAUCUGAUGAUGGCAGGGCUAGGGGUUAUUGUUUUGCAAUUGGCAUUAGGUUUUAAGUCAAAGUUAAGUUUUUUAUUUUCUCUCUUUUUUUUUUUUUUUCUUUUUCCAAGGCUGAAUGUAUCUUGAGCCUGUAGUUUUGUAGUUGAUGGUUUUGAGCUUUUAUAGAGUCUUUCUAGGUAGGUUGAUUCUAGAGUUUAGUUGCAUAAAAACCUGUAAAAUAAAAAGUAGUAUUUUCAUAUUUUUGAAGACUGUUUUAAAAAUGAUUUUUUUCCCUGUGUUUCCAUUUUUUGUAUUUAAUUUUACAAAAAUGCUUUUUCAAGCAUGUAGUCUUAAAUUCAGUUUUAAUAAUCAGCGCCUGCCACUGAAACCUGCUGUUUGUACCAGAGAGUUUCUUUUCAUGAAGCACAUCCCUACACCAAUCAAGCAACAAGAAAUCUUUAGCCGCUGUGGUACUUCAAACAAGAUCAGUGAAGUCAUCAGAGUGUGAUGAGUUUGUCCCAUCCAGAGAGACCUUUCACCCUGCCACCUGCCCUCUAGCCCUGGUGCCUCGAGGGCAUCAUUAGGGGCGAGGAGGUUGAAGAUCAGGGCGGGAAGGCCCUCUGCUUUGACAGCAGCAGUACAACAGCUGGGCACCCGUGAAUAACAAAGGGUUAUGAGGAGAACUGACUUGCCCACUCUGGAGAGUCUCUUCUUUCAGGAGAGGUCUGCUGCUAAUUUGAUUUGGUCUGUAGAAAACUGGGGAUAAUGGUGUCUCCCCCUUUUCCUCCUGUGGCGGUGUGACGUAGAAAGACAAUGCAAUCCCCUCCUGCCACCCCAAGCUCAGCUUAGCUUCGUCAGGCAGCACAGCCCCCCCAUUGUUUCAUCAGGUAUGGACUCCCUUGUCCAAGACCAGCAGAGCUGCAGGGGGGAUAAUAAGCGUAAAAUCAAAGCAAAGUAAGAAAAGGGAAAGUCUUCAUGGAGGAAUGCUCUUAGACCUUAUGCUCCCUAGAGCAGGCCCAAGGGUUGGUCGGGGAGAGGAGGGUACAGGUUUAUUUAUGCAUGAAGAGAAGCUUGAAAGAAAUGACAGUUAACCCCCUCACAGUGAAAGAAGGUUUUAAGGGUUGGAGGUUGGAGAGAGGGUGACAAAAGAUGGUUAAGUAUGACUUAGUUGACCUUUACUCUACAUGAAUCUCCAUCUCCAAAGGCGCAUAUUUGCAUCAUAGUUCAUUUGUCAAAUUAAUUUUUCAGUUUUUGUCAUGCUGUGUCAGUAGCAGGUUUGAACUCUUAACUUGGCUUAGACUAGAACCCUCAUUUCAGAUCAGGUCAGUCCAGGCCAGUCAUGGCAGAGAAUGUGAUUAACCAAAUUGUGAUCUGAAUUGUUUUAUAUUUGCAUGUCAUUCAGACGGGUGGCUGACUUGCCCUGGAGCUGUCCAGAUAUCACACCGUUAUCAGGUCUAACGAGAUGGGCAUCAGAUGCAAAGGCUCAAUGAAUAUGCAAUUCAAACCAUUCCCAUGGGGAACUGACUUGUGAUAAAAAACAGAGACUAAAUUUUCCCAUUGUGGAAAACAUACUCUGGACAUUGUUCUGAAAGGCAGCUGUAUACUCUGCUGUUUCUUAGAAACUGUUGGAGAACCAAAGUAAGGCUUAAACAAGGAUAAUAAUGAAGAACUUCAAGGCCUGACAGAGCAGUGACAUCAACACAUGGGAGCGACGACAAGUGCCUUGAUCUCAGGACAGCUUUAAAUGCCAGGCCACACGGCCAGGGCUCCUUCCAACCGUCCCCUGUAAGGACUCAGAAGAGCCAGGCUGGAAACAAGAUCCAUAUGCCUUUCUGACCUCAUUUGCAGAUAGGGAUCAUAAGCGAAAGGGGAUAUAGCCACAACGACGGGAGGCAAUUAACAGGAACACCAUUACCGAGAUAUGGGACUGAUUAACAUCCACAUACAGCCAAGCCAAAUAGAUAAGGGGGAAUCUGAUUGCUCAUUGAUUGGAUCUCAGUGGUGCCUCUGCAGCGGGCAGGUUCUUGUUUUCUGGAGUUGAGCCUCAGUGUGUUCAAGGGCCCUUGAUUGAGCCAAAAAGAGUAGAGUGAAACCACUGUGACCACACAUCAGGAAGAUGAUCAAAGAGGCUACUGCUGGCUUCUGGCUCCUCGUGUACUCGAACCCCUCCCAACCCCAACAGAUGAUUGUGCUGAGUUGUUAGUUACAGAUGGUUCAGUGCUAACACAUGUCAAAGAAGACUGAUAAAGGUGACACCUGAAUUAUUUGAGGUUGAUGUAAAUGAUUAUGCUUCACUCUGUAUAAAGAGCCAUUGUGACAUUGUAAUGCUAAAGGUAGAUUUAUUUUUCCCCA